AUGGACUCUCACAUCAACCCUAGCCAUGGCGGAAACUCUUCUUCUCUCGAUACUCUCAAACCGAGCGUACUCACCACCACCAUCAUCCUCCUCAUCACUCUCACCAUCUCCGUCUCCAUUUGCUUCCUCCUCCGCUUCCUCAACCGCUGUAACCGCCACUCCCCUCUCUCUCCAUCUCCCUCCCAUUCCCUCCCCGCAACAGAACGAUCCUCCUCGCUCCCGAUUUUCAAAUUCUCCUCCGUCGUCCGAUCAACCUCCUCCUCCUCCACUAACUCCAGCGGCGACUGCGCCGUCUGUUUAUCGAAAUUCGAACCGGACGAUCAGCUUCGUCGCCUGCCUCUCUGUUGCCACGCCUUUCACGCGGAUUGUAUCGAUACCUGGCUCGCGUCGAAUCAAACGUGUCCGCUUUGUCGCUCUCCUCUAUUCGCUUCCGAUUCCGAUUCCGAUUCUGAUCCGACGAAGGUUCUCCGCAGAGAAGGAGAUAACAGUUUCCGCCUCGAAAUCGGAUCAAUCAGCCGUCGCAACGAUCCGAUUCCGGAGGAAUCCGGCGAUCGUCGCCGGUCUUACUCAAUUGGAUCGUUUGAUUACAUAGUGGAGGAUGUAGAAUCCGAAAUCUCUGAGUCGAAUUUCGAUCAAUCGCGAAAACAUGAAGAUGCGGCUGCGACUGCGGUUGCGGUUAAUCCUGCAUUUGAAGCGAGUUUGGCGGGAGAGAUAGGUAAUGAAGGUUCUAGAAGCUGGAUUAAGGAUUACGUGGAGAGACUCUCUCAUGGUAUAUCGUUUAGAAGCUCUGGUAGUUUUUUUACUGGGAGCAGUCGUCGGAGCGAGGAGGAGAUGACGGUGGUGGAUUUGGAGGCGAAUCAUACCGGAGAAGAGAUUAGUGAGCUUUUCCGAUGGUUCUCAGGUAUGUGAGAGGUAUCAAAUUUUAUUCAGUUACUUGGUUCUAAAGUAAAGAAACAGAGCCCUUUGCUUUUGAUUUUGUAC